AUGUCGUGGCUCUCCUUCAUAAAGAAGCUAUACUCUCUUGACACCUUAGACACCCGUUUCACCACAUCGACAAAGACUCCUCACAAGUUAUCAACCGAGGACUCAUUAGCAGAUUCAAAACUUCCUGCGCAGCAAGCACUCCAAUCAGGAAAGAACCAAUCUUUACCAGCAGCCCAACCAUCAAAAUGGAACACUCCAGAAUUUUACUUCUAUUACCUCUGCUUUCUUACCAUUCCUAUUUUCAUGGUGAAAGCUGUGUAUGAUGUUUCUCAAGAAUCUCAUCCUAAUUACUCUCGAUAUUCACAUCUACUAUCAGACGGCUGGAUCCCUGGACGCAAAGACAACUCAGAUGCUCAGUAUGCUGGCUUCCGUGAUAACAUUCCUUACAUGACUCUUCUUUUGAUCUUGCAUCCAUUGAUCCGCAAAGCCUACAACUCCUUCUGGCGCAUCGACUCGUAUACCAAGCCUGCUCCUGCUAGCAGCAGAAAUCCUGGACUGACGCAGGGCUUGAGCCCUUCUGCUGCUGCAGACGCCAGGAUGGACCACAGACUAUCUUUUGAUAUCACAUUUGCUAUGAUCUUCAUAUUUGCACUACAUGGUGUCUCCGCGUUCAAAGUCUUGUUGAUCCUGUACACCAAUUACAAACUGGCCACGCAGCUUCCCAAGGCAUACGUCCCUGCUGCUACCUGGGCAUUCAACGUCGGAAUCCUAUUCGCGAACGAGUUGUGCCAUGGCUACCCUUUGGCUGAGGUUGCUGCUUUUGUUCUGCCCUCGCAAACUAGUGCCUCAGAAACGAGCAAUCAGACACCUGGCUGGGCCGGUUGGAUUGAUAGCUAUGGCGGAAUUCUUCCUCGCUGGGAGAUUCUUUUCAACAUUACUGUGCUCCGUCUCAUCAGUUUCAAUCUUGAUUACUACUGGAGCUUAAGCGCACCUUCUUCUAUCGAGGUAUGUCAUAAGAAACAGCUUGAUCCUUCGAAUCUGUCAGAGCGCGACAGAGUUUCUGUAUCUGCUAAGCCAGCAGACUUUAGCUUCCGCAACUAUCUUGCUUACGCCUUGUACUCGCCUCUGUACCUUGCAGGCCCUAUACUGACAUUCAACGACUACAUCUCGCAAUCACGUUACCCUCUUGCGUCCAUCAGCACCAAACGCACAUUAAUGUACGGUGUACGUUUCCUUGUCUGCGUGCUUACCAUGGAGUUGUGCCUACACUUCCUGUACGCUGUUGCCAUCAGUAAAGCACAACCAGCCUGGGAGGUCUAUACACCUAUGCAGUUGAGUAUGCUCGGGUACUUCAACCUCCACAUCAUCUGGUUGAAGUUGUUGAUCCCUUGGCGGUUCUUCCGACUCUGGUCACUCGUGGAUGGCAUCGAUCCACCUGAAAACAUGGUUCGCUGCAUGAGUGACAACUACUCGGCACUGGCUUUCUGGCGUGGCUGGCACAGGAGUUUCAACCGCUGGAUCGUCAGGUAUAUCUACAUUCCCAUUGGUGGCAGUGGACAAGGCAAAGUGCGCGCCAUUGGCAACUUCCUCGCUGUUUUUACCUUCGUCGCACUUUGGCACGACAUCAAUCUCAAGCUACUUAUCUGGGGCUGGCUUAUUACGUUAUUCGUUCUGCCUGAGGUCAUUUGCACGCUGCUUUUCCCAGCCAAGAAGUGGAAGGACAGCCCAAAUGUCUACCGCUGGAUCUGUGGCGUUGGUGCUACCGGAAAUAUCUUGAUGAUGAUGGCAGCCAAUCUUGUCGGAUUUGCUAUUGGUGUUGAUGGCUUGAAGGCUAUGGUUGGCAACAUCAUAGGGAGUCUUGGUGGAUGGGUUUUCCUGCUCGGCAUCUGCGGCACACUGUUUGUUGGUGUCCAAGUCAUGUUCGAGGUUCGCGAAAGUGAAAAGAGGAAGGGUAUCAACUUGAAGUGUUAA